CGUGUUUGUGGCGGAUGACAGCGUCUGACAAGGGUGUAAUUCCUCUGUGACAUAGACGAUCUUUGAUACCGGUGCGUUCACUUCGCUACGGAAGCUCAGUUUGUGGAUUAUUUGCCUUCGAGUUAGCAAGUACACUAUUCUAUACUACGCCGCAUGACUGUGCAUUUUAACAGUCACUAUACAAACACGGUGGUAAAUGAUUGACGCUUCCUGUGGACGCCUACUUCAACAUUGCGGUUGUUCUUUGUAAUUAACAUGGACGCACUUGUAACCUGACGUAACUCAACUCUUUUAGCCUGCUAACGGCUAACUUUUUUGUAAUGUCGUAGUAAACGAGUGUUGCAGUCUUACUGGUAUAUCAUUUAUUUCGUGUUUGCAUAAAGACAGUUAAAAACAGAUAAAGUACUACCUCACGUUUCACAUUUUUACAUUCAUCCAGGUACUUGACCGGAAGUGCACUCCUUCAAAAUAAAACAUGGGCAUCAAAGUGAGCGUGAGCUUGAGUGUGUUGUUUACCCUCCUGGAUGUCGUCCUCACCACUGUCCUUUACACACAUGGAUCACACUUGGCCACGUUCGGUGAAGAUGCCCUGAACUUUAACAUCCUCCAGUCAGCGCUGGACCUCUGGGGGUUUGUCCUGCUGCGAGCUUCCCUUCUGCUCGGGGCCUCCAUAGGUGUGACGUGGAACAAGAAGCACGGCCCGCGGAGGGUCUCGGCGCUCACCAGCCUCAUUCUCUUCUUCUGCCUCGUCGUCAUCACCUACGCCCUGGCCAAACUGCUCAUGCUGACCGAGGUGAAGCCUCUGUCACAGCAGCCCUGGCUCCUCAGUCUCAUCUGCUGGACUUGUGCCUCCUCUGUGGGUGUCAUGCUCCUGUGGAUUCUGCUAGGGAAGGAGUCCAGCCCGGUGAAUAGUCGACGUAGGAGUUACAACCCAGGAGAAGGAAGCUGUGAGGAGACUGAGAGCCUGAUGGCGACAGCUGGUGAAGAGGAGCAGGAGGUGGGCUGUGAGAGGAGGGAGAAGAAGACGCAGAAGAAAGAAGAGGAGGAGAUGGAGACAACCCGCUCUGGAGCUACAGUGGGACGUUUAAUGAGCUUCUCCAGGAAGGAUGCUGGUCUGCUGUGUGUGGCUUUCUUCUUCCUCGUCAUCUCAGCUGUGUGUGAAGCCUUCAUACCGCUCUACUAUGGCAGAGCCAUUGACGGCAUUGUGAACUACAAGAGCAUGGAGCACUUUGCAGAACCAGUCAUUAUCCUGGGAGUGUUGGCGUUGGUCAGUUCAUUUGCUAUGGGAGUGCGUGGCGGCAUCUUCUCCCUGACUUUUUCUCGAUUGAACCUUCGACUCAGGAGCCAUCUCUUCAGAACUCUCAUGAGGCAGGAGAUUGGCUUUUAUGAUGAAAACCACACAGGUGACAUCAUGUCCCGUCUGUCGGCUGACACCACGCAAGUGAGCGACCUCAUCACCCAGAACGUCAACAUCUUCUUGCGGAGCACCAUCAAGGCCGCCGGCUUCCUCUUCUUCAUGUUCGGCAUUUCCUGGAAGCUCAGUCUCGUGGCCAUCAUGGGGUUCCCUUUCAUCGGCCUCGUCUCUCAACUUUACGGCGAUUACUACAAGAAAUUGAGCAAACAAGUACAGACCACUCUCGCAGAAGCCAACAGAGUGGCAGAAGAGACCAUCUCAUCCAUGAGGACAGUGCGGAGCUUUGCAAACGAGUGCGGGGAGGAGGCCUCGUACUACGCCAAGCUCUUAGCCAUGUACCAGCUCAACAAGAAGGAAGCUCUGGCCUACGCCUGUUACAUGUGGUCCAGUAGUAUUUCAGAGCUUGUUCUGGAGGUCUCCGUCCUCUACUAUGGGGGUCAUCUCGUAAUUACCCGUCAGAUGACGAGUGGUAACUUGAUCUCUUUUUUCAUAUACAUGCUCGAGCUGGGUGAAUGUCUCGAGAGCAUUGCGUCAGUGUACACUGGAUUAAUGCAGGGAGUCGGAGCCGCAGAGAAGGUGUUUGAGUAUCUGGACAGAGAACCCAAACACCCAGCUGACGGCACGGAGGCUCCAGACACGUGCGCCGGUCUGGUCGAGUUCAAAGACGUCACGUUUGCUUAUCCAACGCGACCUGACACUGAUGUCCUCAAGGGCGUGUCGUUCACUCUGCGGCCAGGAGAGGUCACUGCUCUCGUGGGGCCCUCGGGCAGUGGAAAGAGCUCCUGUGUGAGUCUGCUGGAAAACUUCUACCUUCCUCAGCAGGGUCAAGUGCUUCUGGACGGGAAACCUGUUCACACCUUUCAGCACGACUACCUCCACUCCAGGGUGGCUCUCGUGGGGCAGGAGCCGGCGCUGUUUGCGCGGUCGGUCGAGGACAACAUCACCUACGGGCUGAGUGACGUUUCCAUGGAGACUGUGGUUCAGGCCGCCACCAAAGCGAACGCUCACGACUUCAUCACCAGCCUCCCCGAAGGCUACGAGACAGGUGUUGGAGAGAAGGGCACUCAGUUGUCAGGGGGCCAGAAACAAAGAGUGGCCAUCGCGAGGGCUCUCGUCCGCAACCCUCGUGUUCUCAUUCUGGACGAGGCGACCAGCGCUCUGGACGCAGAGAGUGAGCACAGUGUUCAGCAGGCUCUGAACAACAUCCUGCAGGAGCACACGGUGCUGGUGAUCGCACACCGCCUCAGCACGGUGGAAAAGGCCGACAACAUCAUCGUGAUCGACAAAGGCCAUGUGGCUGAGCAGGGCCCGCACGCUCAGCUGAUGGCCAGCGGGGGGCUCUACUCUAAACUGGUGCAGAGGCAGGUCCUGGGCAUUCAGACGGGGGCGGAGCUCCUAAACCCACCUGAGCUCAGCAGGAGGCCUGAAGGAGAGCGACGGCGGAGGAGACAAAGAAGCAGCAGCAGCAGCAGCAGCGGUGGUGGCGGCAGUGAGUCUGAGUUCAAAGCUCGGUACUGAGAAUGAACUGCAGCGUGUGGAGACGAUGAUCAGAACCAGUUCAGGAGAGGUCCAGAGUGUAGGAUUUCCCGGCUCUGACGAUUUAUAAUCAGGUUUUAGUUUGUGUGGCCAGGGUUUGGUUAAAGGUUCACUGUGUAAGAUCUCACGUCUUUCCCGCACACAGGAAGUGAUACGUUUUAUGCACAAUUGAGCUCGUGAAGUGAGGCAGCUGCAGACAAGUUCAACUAUGAGGUAAAAGUGUCUAUGAAAAGUUUCACAGGUGAAUGCUGCUGCUCAAAAGCGUUUUUAUUUAUCAAAAUUUUCAUUUUGCAUAAAAAUUGUUUGUUUUUUUUGUCAACUGUAUGGUUCCAUUUUCAUAACAAACACUACACUUGAAAUUCUGUUUAAUAUAAUCAUGAACGUUG